ACAAAACCGACCAACAUGAGACUACAGUUGCUGCUUCUGCUGUGUACUAUGAUCGCCUCCCCUGUAACGAGUAGCGAGGAUCGGGGCAAGGAGCCAGAACCGAGUCUUCGGGACGCGCUAGGUGCGCUGGGGAGGGUCCUGGACUACUGCGAACGGAACUACCGAGUCCUGAACCUGGAUGCUGUAAUAGGGAUUCGCAUGGUGGACGGCCAGCUGACCGUGCUGUCCAGACGGAUCGAGGCCGGACAGCUCCCCGCUGACCCUAGCCAGGCAAGGCGGGUGGCGGAACUGCAGCGCCAGGCGGCGCGCGUGGCAGACCUCACGCUACCGGAGCUUCAGAAGAACGACCCCGACUACUACAAGCGUCUGUCACCCAUCUUGCAGCCUGGGUUCUGGAUGAUUGACAGCCGCUCCAAGACAACAGACCCGCGCCUUUUGGCCCCGCCCACCGUACCACGUGACACCCCCUUCAACGAGGAGCAAAGUGACGCAUGUCUGACAGAGCUUCUGGGAACAGGCUACGCCAAGAAACAUCACGGAUAG